AUGAUAUUUUGUGACUUGACAAAGACUGUGUCCAAUACCCCUUGCCAUACUGCGUAUCAUCAACAGAAGCUUAAAAAUAGGGCCCACUACCUGUUGCGCAACCUCAAGUUCCUGACGGAUGCGUGUGCUCAGGCGAGCGAGAAGUCCCAAGACCACUUACGUGGAGCAGUUCAAAUUGGGUUCAAGUGCAUGAGCACAAGUGCGUCCACGGUGCUGGCCUGUUGCGUGCUGGCCUGCGUGCGUGAGGUCAAGGUGGUGCCAGGCGAACUGGUGCUACGUUCCGCCCUAUUCAGCAGGUCGCUGGUGCAGGUGAUGAGCGCAAUGGAGGGCUUCGCCACGGAGCCCGCAGUUCCUGGGUUGAGGGCCAAGGGCAAGGCAGUGCUGAUGGCCAUCCUGGACGGUGCCAUGAGCAUGGUGUCCGCCUAGGUGCUCCUGACGCAGUGCCUCAGGGAUCUGAUGCAGCACUCAGGGGGCGCCAAGAUGUCGAACCACAGGAAGAGGCUGAGGAACUAGACCUAACCUGUGUCUGAAGGCUGCACCCUGCUAUCUCAGGCUUUCAGGGAGAGGUCUUCGCCCAGGACUUUACCACCAGUGAAUUACAAUUCUGUGAAUCAGCACCCCACCCCGCCCCCUUCUUCCACCCCAGACUAAAGGAAGAUGCUCAUUGUCUGCACUUCUCAAUUUAUACCAAAGAAAUCGUAGAAGAAGUUCCCACACACGCCAAUACCCCACAUUAGAUGCUCGAGAGGAAUCUUUCAGAAGGCAGGGCCAUGCAUCCAAUCUACACACGCACUAAGCCCCAACCUCAGCAGCCCACACUGUAGGGUCCUGAGAUGGAAGAUGCUAACCUGCUGUGGCAGGAUUACCCCGCUGCACUCCCAGCUCCUCUUCAGGAGUCUCUCACCCAAACUUUAUUAAUUAAUUGGGCAGGAAGGAGGUCAUGGGUUCAUUUCUUUUUUGGUCCUUUUGUUUUUUCCUAAUUAAAAGAAAAGGUACCACAGUUUUCACUCCUUAGACAUGGAUGUAGCUACCUUUUUUGUAUGUUGUUAAUUUUUUAAGUUGGAUUAGCCGUAUACUUGGUGUGGAAAGAGUCUGACCUUGCCAUGUGGUUUGCAAAUCGGGGGAAAAGCUACUCUGUGUGUUUUAUUUUCUGAUUUACACUAGAGUGAUUCCCCCCCUACCCUCCUCCCAAUGUCAAGUUUGUACCUUGCAUGUACUGGAGUAUUUAUUUCAUCUAUUAAAAUGUUAUGUUUCUCAGAAAAAAAAAAUGAAGGAAAAAAA